AGUCCGUCCCUUCUCCACAAACCCACAUGGGUAACAGCGUCAUCCCAUUACUUAACGCGUCCUUUCUCUCUCUCAAAAUAUCUUCGGUUUCGAUUCUAUCUUAAGCUAUAACACCCUGCAUUGCAUCCUCACUCUUACUAACCUGUCUCUCAAUUCUUAACCCCAAAUUUUGACCCAUUCUUUUUCCACCACGAAAUUGCCGCUAUUUAACACCUGUCUCCCAGUUUUUAUAAAUAACCCUUCUCUUCUCAUUAACAAAACUCUUCUUCUCCUUCUCUGUACCCAAAAGUUACAUACAUUAUUUCAUUUCAUCUCAUCAGAUCGCUGCAAAAUCAUAACCAAUUUUCAAGGACCCUUUUGUGGUUGUAUCUCAGAACACAACCAUUAAAGGAGUUUCCUUGUUUCCAUCUUUUCUAUCUACAUUCUUGCAGGAUCUGAUACCGACAUUCAUUCACUCAUCCGCCACCGCCAUCCAUGGAGGUUGUUGAGAAAGAGAAGAAGUAUAUAUCAUCGGAUGAACUUUCCAAGCACAACAAGAAAGGAGAUCUAUGGAUCUCAAUUCAGGGUAAGGUUUACAAUGUUUCUGAUUGGGGUAAAGAUCACCCUGGCGGAGAGGUUGUUUUGUUGAAUCUCGCUGGCCAGGAUGUUACCGAUGCGUUUAUAGCAUAUCAUCCUGGUACUGCAUGGAAACAUCUUGAGAGAUUUUUUACUGGCUUUUACCUUGAUGAUUUUAAGGUGUCUGAGGUUUCUAAGGAUUAUAGGAAGAUGGUUUCUGAGUUUGUGAAACUGGGUUUGUUUGAAAAGAAAGAGCAUGUUACUUUGUUCACAUUAACCUCUGUUGCAAUUAUGUUUUCUAUUGUUGUUUAUGGUGUUGUGGGUUGUGAGAGUAUUUGGGCUCAUUUGGGUUCUGGGAUGUUGUUGGGUUUGCUUUGGAUGCAAAGUACUUAUGUGGGUCAUGAUUCCGGUCACUACGAGGUUAUGUCCAGUAAGGGGUAUAAUAAAUUGGCGCAGAUUAUUUGUGGGAAUUGUUUGACUGGUAUAAGUAUUGCUUGGUGGAAAUGGACUCAUAAUGCUCAUCAUAUUGCUUGCAAUAGUCUUGAUUAUGAUCCUGAUUUGCAGCAUAUCCCGGUUUUUGCUGUCUCUUCGCGAUUAUUCGGGAACAUCAGGUCUUAUUUCUAUGAUAGACAGUUGAAGUUUGAUGCUUUGUCUAGGUUUUUGAUCAGUUAUCAGCAUUGGACUUUUUACCCUGUCUUGUGUUUCGCAAGGCUGAACUUGUAUCUUCAGACGUUUUUGCUAUUGUUUUCGCCGACCCGAAAUGUCCCUGAUAGACUUUACAACAUCAUGGGAAUCGCGGUGUUCUGGACUUGGUUCCCUCUUUUGUUGUCAUGCCUACCUAGUUGGCCGGAAAGGUUGAUGUUUGUUCUUGCUUGUUUUGUGGUUUGUUCCAUCCAACAUCUUCAAUUCUGUUUGAACCAUUUCGCUGCUAACGUGUACGUCGGUCCUCCAAGCGGAAACGAUUGGUUUGAGAAGCAGACGAGCGGAACAUUGGAUAUCUCUUGUUCGACAUGGAUGGAUUGGUUCUUUGGUGGUUUGCAGUUUCAGCUUGAACAUCAUUUGUUUCCAAGGCUACCUAGGGCUCAACUGAGGAAGGUUUCACCGUUGGUGAUUGAUCUUUGCAAGAAACAUAAUUUGCCUUAUAGAAGUUUGACAUUUGUUGAGGCAAAUCUUUGGACUCUCAAGACUCUCAGAACUGCUGCACUGCAAGCAAGGGAUUUCACUAAUGCUUCUCCACAGAACUUGUUGUGGGAAGCUUUUAACACUCAUGGAUGAGCUUGAGAAGAGAGAAAGAAGCAUGUGGAUUUUGAGUUGUGCAGAGAAGGUUUCAAACUUUUCUAUUAUUAUUACUAUUAUCAAACAUUCAUGUUAUUGUCAUUAUGUUUGAAUUAUGUAUUGAGUUCAAUUUCUCUUUUAUUAGGCCUGUUUUGUUGUAAUAACUGAUGAUGAUAUGAUCACUGUUUAUGUGUGCUAUAACAUCUGAACAUAAAAAAUAUAUUCAGGUUACAUUUUCAUUUUCUUA